ACGUGCCGUGGUGUUUCCGGUCACAUGCUGGUCACGUGCUGCCACCCCAAAAGCGGAAGCGGCGGCGAUGGCGGCGCGGCGCGCGGUUGCCAUGCUCCCACAGGGGCCCUGGGCCCAGCCCUGGAGGGGCCUCAGCACCAGGAAGGGCCCCCCCGACCCCCACUCGAUUCUGGGGGUUCGGCCCGGAGCCUCCCCCGCAGAGAUCCGCGCCGCCUUCCUGGCCCGCUGCAAGGAGGUCCACCCCGACGGGGACCCCUCGGACCCCUCCCGCCACGGGCGCUUCCUGCUCCUGGCUGAGGCCUACGCGGCCCUGAGCGCCCCCCGCGCCAGGACCCCCCCCCCGGGACCCCCCCCGGGGCCAGCCCGGGACACCCCCACCCCCCAGGGCUGCCCCUCGCCCCGGGACCCCCCCCACGCUGGGACGAGAACCGCCGGUACUGGGAGCAGUUCCAGCCCCCCAGGACCCCCCACAGGACCCCCCCGCGCCAAAUCCUGGGGCUGCUCCUGCUGCUCGUAGCCCUGGGGGGGCUCGCCCACGGCCUGGCCUACAGGUACGUGGCCGGAGCUCACGCCGCCUUCCUGGACGAGCGGGACCGGGAGCUGCGCGCGGUCUACGAGAGGGCCCGGAGCCGGGCGGGGUCACACGAGGAGGUUCUGAGGCGGCUGCGGGAGCGGGGGAGGGCCCGGG